AUGCCUCGUGGUCGUCUAUCCUUGAAGGCAUCAGCCACCCCUGUCCCGAAGUCUUCCGAAACUGGAAAUGGUCCUGCCAGUGCGCCUGAACGUCUUACUCGCACUAGAUCCGCGAGAAAUCUUAGAGGGUCCUCUGCCGCAGAUGAACUACAGUCACAAGAGAUCACACCGGCCAGGACUCUCCGGGGUAGAUCACGUCUCAUUGCAACUCUUGCGCAAGAUGACGAUACUAUGACUUCGGAAUCCAUUUCUUCAGUCCCUACACCAUUUGGACAAACUUCUGAAAGUGGUUACUCAACGCCUGGAACUAGUAAACUCCCAAGCCCUGCUGAAGCAGCCACCAUACCUAAUGGAAAGACUUCGUCAGCCUUCGAAGUACAAAUCCCUGCUAGAAGCAGGCUCCAGGGACCCGGUGGAGAUGAGCGAGCAUUACGACGCAGCAUCUAUUCCUUAAACGCCAAGAGUAAGAAAGUAACAGAAGUCCAGGACUCGGAUGAAGAGGACGAUGACUUUGCAGCAAUCACUCGUGAUGAGAAGGUUGCUCGACGCUUGCAAAAUGAAUUCCAUAUGGAAAGCCUGAGGUCACGUCGCACUGAGGCAACUGAUGCACAAUCGUCUUUCUCGACUGAGGCAUCGGGGAAGCGGCCAAGAUCUCUCUCGGGGCCUACCGCAACACACAAGCGACUGAGCAAGAAGAGCAAAACUAUUCCAGACUCUGACGAUCUGUCUGAAGCUGAUGUGGAUAUGGACGCUGAAAUUGCUGCUGGUCUUGCACUAGAGGAUGAUCAAUCAAACGGCGAGGCCCUUUCACUUGGUGAAGAGACUGAAGAUGAAGGUGAAGAGGAUGUUGAAGAUGACGUUGAAGAGGAUGUUGAAGAUGACGUUGAAGAGGAUGUUGAUGAGGACAUCGAUGAGGACGUUGAAGAUGAGAUAGCAGCAUCAACAGAUGAUGAGCCUUUGGCGGUUCAGAGGAAGAAGAAGAAGCCCGCAAGGGUUUAUGCCAAGCGCGCCGCGGCCACUCGAACAUCUACCAAGUUGGCAGAUGCUCCCACAGCCGCCAUAGCCGAUUCGGAAUCCGGAAUGUCUGCGCUCCCGUCUGACUUCUCAUCCGGUCUAUCAUCCGGCAUCAGCUCGGCAGCUACUAGUGAUAGUGAGAGCUCUGCUGUUCGUCAACCGCCAUCUAGCGAAUUGCGAUCAAUUGCAUCUAGGCGACGGGCAUUUAGAAGGGCUAAAAACAAAAGCCGUGUUGCCAAGGAACGAGAUCGUCUUGAGAAACAUCACCCGGAACUAACCACCAUGUGGACAGACCUUGAAAGUAUGCCUGUGAUGAAAGCUGGCAAAAUUGACCAACCAGCGAGUAUCUCAAGGCUAUUAAAACCGUUCCAGCUUGAGGGCGUUGCUUGGAUGAAGGCAAUGGAGACAACGAAGUGGAAGGGUGGUCUUUUGGGUGAUGAAAUGGGACUGGGCAAGACGAUCCAAGCCGUCUCCCUCAUCAUGUCUGACUACCCAGCUAAGCAGCCCACUUUGGUCCUUGUUCCUCCCGUCGCUCUCAUGCAAUGGCAAUCAGAAAUCAAAUCUUACACAGAUGGAACACUGAAGACUUUUGUGUUUCAUGGAACUAAUCAGAAAGCAAAAAAUAUCACUGUCAAAGAGCUCAAGAAGUUCGAUGUCAUUAUGAUGUCCUACAACAGCUUGGAGUCGAUGUAUCGCAAGCAAGAAAAGGGAUUCAAACGGAAAGACGGCAUAUACAAGGAAAAGAGUGUCAUUCACGCCAUCACUUUCCACCGCGCCAUCCUAGAUGAAGCACAUUGUAUCAAAACGAGAACCACAAUGACCGCCAAAGCGUGCUUCGCUUUGAAGACAGUAUAUCGCUGGUGCUUGAGCGGCACACCACUGCAAAAUCGAAUUGGAGAGCUCUUCUCCUUGGUGAGAUUCCUUAACAUCACGCCAUUUGCAUCCUAUCUCUGCAAACAAUGCCCUUGCUCAACGCUCGAGUGGUCAAUGGACGAAAACAGUCGCUGUUCCGACUGUGGGCAUGCGGGUAUGCAGCACGUGUCUGUUUUCAACCAAGAGCUCCUUAAUCCCAUUCAGAAAUUCGGUAACUUGGGUCCUGGUAGAGAGGCAUUUAAGAAACUUCGUUUGAUGACGGAUCGUAUCAUGCUUCGGCGACUCAAGAAGGACCACACCAAUUCCAUGGAACUUCCUGUCAAAGAACGCAGAUUUGACACUUAUGUUGCGCAGGGUGUUCUCUUGAACAACUAUGCCAAUAUUUUUGGCUUAAUCAUGCAAAUGAGGCAAGUCGCCGACCACCCUGAUUUGAUAUUGAAGAAGAAUGCAGAUGGUGGCCAAAAUGUUUUGGUUUGCUGUAUCUGUGACGAACCAGCAGAGGACACUAUCAAGAGCCGUUGCAAGCAUGACUUUUGCAGAGCGUGUGUGUCUAGCUAUAUCAAGUCGACCGAUGAGCCAGACUGUCCGCGGUGUCAUAUUGCACUAGUCAUCGACCUUGAGCAACCCGAAAUUGAACAGGAUGAAGUGUUGGUCAAGAAGUCCUCGAUUAUCAAUCGAAUCAAGAUGGAAAACUGGACAUCUUCCUCCAAAAUCGAGCUGCUUGUUCAUGAACUUCACAAGCUGCGAUCUGACAACGCUACGCACAAGUCAAUUAUUUUCUCACAGUUCACCACAAUGUUGCAACUCAUCGAAUGGCGACUUCGGAGAGCCGGAAUCACAACUGUCAUGCUUGACGGCAGCAUGACUCCUGCUCAGCGGCAAGCCUCAAUUGAGCACUUUAUGAACAACAUUGAUGUAGAAUGUUUCCUUGUUUCGCUCAAGGCUGGCGGUGUGGCACUCAACCUCACUGAGGCGUCACGAGUGUUCAUCGUAGACCCUUGGUGGAACCCGGCUGCUGAGUGGCAGUCUGCUGAUCGCUGUCAUCGUAUUGGACAGCAACGACCUUGCGUCAUCACACGUCUUUGUAUCGAAGACUCCGUUGAAAGCCGAAUGGUGUUGAUUCAAGAGAAGAAGACGAGCAUGAUUCACUCUACUGUCAAUGCUGAUGAUAAAGCGAUGGAUACUUUGAGCCCCGAAGAUAUGCAAUUCCUUUUCCGAGGCUCGUAA